AUGCGUGCCCUGGCACACAUCUGCAUGGCGUUGCCGUGCGCCUGUGGCGGGGCGCGGCGCGGAGGUCCGUGGCAUGUCAUGUCACUCAAGAACUCCAUCAUGAUCCCCAGACCACAUUCCGGGUUAUCCACCCGUACCCAUCCCAUGGCCAUGCCGUCGCACUGGCCGCGCACGCUGCUCGCAGCGAUAACCAUGUUGCUACUUGUUUUCACUGCCGAUGGUGCUCUGGCGCAUGCCAUCGCCGAGGGCGACAAGGGUUACAUCCAAGAGAUAUCAGGGGUAAAUCUGAUCGCCUUCGCUUACCUGGGCGCCAAGCACAUGGCCACCGGGUAUGACCACAUUCUGUUCCUGCUGGGCGUGAUCUUCUUCCUUUACCGGAUGAAGCAUGUCGCGCUGUACGUCACCCUGUUUGCCAUCGGUCAUUCCACGACGAUGCUGCUGGGUGUGCUCUUCAAUGUGGGCAUCAACAGCUAUCUCAUCGAUGCGAUCAUCGGCUUGUCAGUGGUCUACAAGGCGCUGGACAACCUCGGUGCCUACCAGCGUUGGUUCGGCUUCCAGCCCAAUACCAAGGUCGCGACACUGGUGUUCGGACUGUUCCAUGGCUUUGGCCUGUCCACCAAGAUCAUCGAGUACGACAUCUCCCCCGAUGGUCUUCUUCCGAACCUGCUCGCCUUCAACGUCGGGGUGGAAAUGGGGCAGAUGCUUGCCCUGGGCGCCAUCCUGAUUGUGAUGGGCUACUGGCGCCGCACCGCCAGCUUCUUCAAGCACGCCUACUUCGCCAACGCGGCAAUGCUCUGCGCAGGUUUCGUCCUGAUCGGCAUGCAGCUGACCGGCUACGCCAUUUCCUGA